AUGGCGGAGUCGGGAUUUGCUACGCUGCAAGGAAACCCCUCCUCCUCAUUAGUUGACACCGUUGCCAAUGCUUCUCACUCCAUAACAGGCACCACCUCGAGCACCGUCGCAGCAACCUCCACAGCAGAGAACUCUAGCCAUGAAAGGAAAAGUAUCGCUGCUGGAGGACCAAAGCUGUCCAAAUUGGAGACCGUUCUCUGCGGAUCCACUGCAGGUGUGGUGUCACGCUUUGUGAUUGCGCCCUUGGACGUUGUCAAGAUCCGACUUCAGCUACAAACGGAGAGGAAGGAGCUGCCCAAGGUAUUAAGGCGCAUGUCCUUUUCGGACCCUACAUCCUCUGGACUCAGGAGCAGGACAGGCGAGACAGUAAAUGGUCUCGCACGGCCGACCAAUUUACCUGCUAAAUAUAAAGGCAUGUUUUCGGGGAUGGCCACGAUCGCUCGCGAAGAGGGUAUUAGGGGUCUGUGGAAGGGUAACAUGGCUGCAGAGUAUCUCUAUUUAACAUAUGGAGGUAUCCAGUUCCUCGUCUAUCAGCAAAUGAAAUCGUUCCUCUCCAACAACUCCGAGCGUUCCGUGCGACGAGCUACAGUCGGACAUAUGAACGGCAUACCCCUUCAUAUCUUCACCACCCUCACCACUUCAUCAUCAGCGCAAUCAUUUAUCAGCGGUGCCACAGCAGGGGUCAUGGCAACCGCUUGUACAUACCCAUUCGAUCUCUUGAGAACGCGCUUUGCCAUUCAGCGUGAUGUUAAGGUCUAUACUGGUGUUCUCCAAGCAUUUCGACAUAUUUUGCAAAAGGAUGGCAUCCAGGGAUUUUACAGAGGCAUGACUCCAGCACUGAUACAAGUUGUCCCCUACAUGGGCGUCAUGUUUGGAUCAUACGAUACUCUCAAGCAGCUGGCAUCUUGGCUGAAAACAAAGGCCAACCUGACACCAAUGCAAUCAUUGCCCCGACCCAAUUCUUCAGUUGACUUGAAAUCAAAAGAAAGAACAGCAUCGACCUCUGACCCUCCGAUAAAGACCUUGGGGACGCUCCUUCUGGGGCUCGAGGAUAUGCUAUGUGGUGCGAUCUCAGGUGUCAUCUCCAAGACAGUGGUUUAUCCACUGGACAUGGUCCGGAAGCGCUUGCAGAUCCAAGGAUCUGAGCAACAGAAGGUCAAUCUUGGCGUAUUUACGUCGCAAACGUCUUCAGUUAAACCCGUCGCGGGGGCAGCAGUUUUGGCGGUCGAUAGGACAAUCGCAAAAACAGUUGUCGAGGCACUACCGACUUCAGUCUGGAAAUGUAUGGUGCAUAUUGUGAAACAGGAGGGUUAUCUGGCGCUCUACAAGGGUCUUUUGCCUGGAAUUCUGAAGGCUGCACCCGCCAGCGCUGUCACAUUCUUGGUCUUUUCGCAGACGGGUUCACUCAUAGAGCGGGUUCGACAGCCGUCGGCGACAUAG